AUGUGGACUGCGGACGAGAUUGCUCAGCUGUGUUACACACACUAUGGGACCAAGCUGCCCAAACAGGGGAAGCCUGAGCCAAACCGUGAGUGGACGUUACUGGCAGCUGUGGUGAAGAUACAGUCUGCAGCUGACCAGGACUGUGACUCCCCUGGCAAGCCGGUGCGAGUGGCAAAGGAAGUUGUCUCACUGGGAACAGGAACGAAAUGCAUAGGCCAGUCCAAAAUGAGGAAGAGUGGAGACGUCCUUAAUGAUAGCCAUGCUGAAGUCAUAGCCAGAAGGAGUUUCCAGAGGUACCUUCUCCAUCAACUCCAGUUGGCAGCCUCCCUGGAAGAAGAUAGCAUCUUUAUUGCAGGAACUCAGAGAGGACUGUGGAAGCUCAGAUCCAACAUCAUCUUUGUGUUUUUCUCCAGCCAUACGCCCUGUGGUGAUGCCUCCAUCAUUCCAAUGCUUGAAUUUGAAGACCAGCCCUGCUGUCCUGUCAGUAAACAUUGGGCCAGCAGCCCAUCAGUAGAGGUCAGUGGUGAUUUGGAAGCUCCUGAAAAUAAAAGGAAAUGUGAAGAUCCUGACAGUCUUGUAGCCAAAAAGAUGAAGCUUGGGCCUGGAAUCCCUGCCAGGGAAGUUACCAAUGGUGUAACUCACCAAAAGAGUCUGGAUAAGCAGGAAAGUGGCCAAACCCCACCAGCUGUCAGCAGCUCAAAUCUCACCACAGAGGAAUCGGCCCCUAUGACGAGAGAGGCUCCAAGUGGUGCCAAGGUGGUGGACAUCUACAGAACUGGAGCCAAAUGUGUGCCUGGGGAAGCUGGAGACUCGAAGAAGCCGGGAGCUGCAUAUCACCAGGUGGGGCUGCUCCGAGUGAAGCCAGGCCGGGGAGACAGGACCUGCUCCAUGUCCUGCAGUGACAAGAUAGCUCGGUGGAACGUUCUUGGUUGUCAAGGGGCACUGUUGAUGCACUUCUUAGAAGAUCCCAUCUACCUGUCAGCUGUGGUCAUUGGGAAAUGCCCUUACAGCCAGGAAGUCAUGCAGAGAGCAUUGAUUGGCAGGUGUAGGAAUGUCUCAUCUUUACCCAAAGGCUUCGGAGUUCAAGAACUCAAAAUACAGCAGUCAGAUUUACUGUUUGAACAGAGUCGCUGCGCAGUGCAGGCAAGGAGGGCUGACAGCCCAGGCCGCCUUGUUCCGUGUGGGGCAGCCAUCAGCUGGAGUGCAGUUUCUGACCAGCCCCUGGAUGUUACUGCCAACGGCUUCCCGCAGGGAACAACAAAGAAAGGCCUCCGCAGCCUUCAAGCCAGAUCCCGAAUCAGCAAAGUGGAGUUCUUUAGAUCAUUCCAGAAGCUGCUAAGCAGUAUUUCAGAGAACAAGAGGCCACGCUCUCUCAGGGGGCAGAAGCUAGAGACAUACCAAGAGUACAAAGAAGCUGCGUCCACUUACCAGGAAGCGUGGAACACACUUCGGAGGCAGGCAUUUGGAUCCUGGAUCAGAAACCCACCAGAUUAUCACCAGUUCAGAUGA